AAACCCACAUUAAAGAAAGGUCGGGGGGUUGGGUUUCCACUUUGUAUGUUCACUUUGUAUGUUCAAGACCCAAAAUUCUCACCUUCACAACUCAUAUUUCCAAUCACUAGAGGUCCGACUUAUUUUUUGAAAGGACCGACCUGCAUCAAUGGCCAUUCUCUAUAAACGCUCUUGACACUAGGUGCCAAGUUGUCGGACUUAAUAGGGCACUUGAUACGCUAAUACAGGAAACGGUGCUUCAUUGGCUUUGCUCCAUCUCCAUCUUUCCAUCUCAGCUUACAUGCAGCCCUAAGAAGACUUCCUCAGCUAUUUUGUUUUCACGUCACUCAUUUGACCCUUUCUACUUUCUCUCGUCUUUCCUAAUAUAUCCCUUAUCUAUCCCCCUUCGCCAAGGAACAAUAGAAUCGCUUUUUUCCUUUUCCUCCUUGCAGUCUCUGUUUUAGACUAUCUGUGCUGUGCUGUUAGCUAUCUGCGCCAUCUCAUAUUUUCCUUAUCCACAAGACCCUCCCCCAUGACACCUCACCGCAUAGAAAUUUCCAGCACUAUCAAUAUUACUUGAAAGAAGAAGAAGAAGAAGAAGACGGUCUCUGAACCGAAUUUCUUGUUAGCCCUAUAUAGCAUCCUUCAAGGAAAAUCAAUGGCAAGAAGAUGGCAUCCACUCCUUCAAACCGGUUGAAAUUGACUCCGUCAAAUUCACCUUUUGUUCCACACUCUAUUCGAUCACCUCAUCGCAGCAAACCCUCCAUAGAUCCUCGCCUUUCUCUGAAGCGCGUUGUCGGUACCACCUGUGCCGCACCCACGGGUUUUGAUACCGUACGCUCUUCGUUUGCAUACAUCGCCGGCGGAGCUGUAGUUGUAGUCGACGUCAACGGGGCUGAGUAUACCCAACGUUUCUACCGAGCCCGCCCUUCUGCAGUUCCAGUUUACAGUACGCCUCCGCUUCCUUACUCCCCAUCGGCACCGAACCAAACUCCAAAGGCGAACGACAGCCGGAAUAGGUCUUCGUUGCGAGAAUCAACACACAGCUCUCUUGAUUGGACCGAAUCCCCCACAUCAUCGAAGACGUGGACCAGUCGAGAGCGGAUCAAGGCCGCAACGUGUUUAGCUCUGAGCAAAGAGGGGAGGUUCCUAGCUGUUGGCGAAACUGGCUAUGCUCCUCGGGUGCUCAUUUUCAGCCUGGAAGAUAACUCGUCGGAUAUCCCACUCGUCUCCAUUAGCGAGCAUGCGCAUGGGGUUAAGGCCGUUGCUUGGUCUCCCGAUUCCAAGUAUCUGGCCUCUCUCGGAACAGCACACGAUGGAUUUAUAUACAUUUGGAAAAUAGACACGAAAACUGGUGCUGCACAGCUGUUUCAGCAAAACAGAUGCACAUCUUUUAUCCGUGGCAUGGUGUGGAUGGGCAACAAUUUAAUCACUUUGGGUGUACGUCAUGUGAAAGUGUGGAAGGUUGAAGAGGGCCAAUCAGCGUCUCCUAUGAAACAGAAGUUCGCCGGAGAUUCGAGCUCGACCAAUCAGCAGCAUCAAAAGACGUUACUUGGUCGGAAUGUUAUACUUAAUAACAUGAUAGAAGCGACUUUUUCGUGUGGUGCUGCUAUCGACGAUACGAAAGCUAUCAUCUGCUCAGAGACGGGCGAUGUAUGUCUAUUCGACGACACGGAUAAGCAGAUGAAGUUGACCAAUGUCCUCGAAAGUGGAUUUGUGACGACUUGCGUGGCUAUCCGUGGAGAUAUUGCUUACCUCGGUGGUAAAUCAGGAAACCUAGCAACCAUCGACUUGGCAUCCUUUGUGAAAGGUGAUCAAAAUGCCCUUCGCACAAACAUUGGCUCGUUUUCGGGCCUCUUUGCUAUAGGAUUUCUCGAGGAAAAUAUGGUAACAGUUGAUGCCAAGCGCUCCAUCCAUAUCUGGGGACUUGAUAAGGUCACAGACACGCUAGACUUAGAAACCCCCCCUAUACCAAUGCCAGGUCACCAAGAGUCGAUUCUAGGUGUCGAAGCUCUUCGCCGCCCGACUGGAAUGGACGCCGAUUUUUUCAGUUGGUCGGCAUCUGGCCAAGUUAUACUAUGGGAUGUCGAGGGUAAAAUCAAAUGCUCUUUUCAGGUACCACUUGAGGAGGCCAAUUUUGAAGAAGAGCCUGAUCUAGUUAAUCAGUUGAAUCUGGUACGGGCCACCGAGGGUGGUAAGUACUUUGUCACAGGCGACAAGCUGGGAAUUGUUAAGAUCAUCGACUUCGCAACCCUGAAAUGCGUGUCAACUAUGAAGGCCCACGCUUCGGAUUGCCAGUUUAUCACUACAUUUGAAGACGAAUCCAAGUUUAUCAUUGCAACCUGUGGUCGUGACCGUACAACACAGCUAUUCCACAGGAAGGUCACUGGAGAGUUCAAACAUUUCCAGACCCUUGAAUUCGCUACUAGGGUUGUUCAAGUACUCGUUCCAUCAGCGGAUAAAGUGAUAACUUGCUCCCUGGACAGGACGUUGCAAGUCCACGACCUUGUAGAGAAAGAUGGCGACCCGGAUGUUAUGGCGGCCAUCCUCUCUAAAACUCUACCUUUGAAAGCUUCUCCGUCAUCUAUGACGAUGGGCGCGGAUGAGAAAUCAGUUCUUGUCUCUCUACUGGACCGAACUAUGAGUAUAUUUGACUUGGAGAGCGGAAAGCUUGCAAAUUCAUUUAAAUGCAUCGAUGAAAGCGGAAUCGAGCCUGUAGUUUUGGAUUCUCUCACUGCUCGGCCGGCUGUUGACAGAGAACCUACGUUCGUUAUAGGCGUCUCGAACACAGAUAAAUCGAUUAGAAUCUAUGACGCCCAAACGGGGUCUUUCUUAGACCGUGAAUGGGGACAUACAGAAGCCAUAAAUGGCGUGACUUUAGUCGAAGAGGAGGAUGGUAAGCUUAAGGUGGUAAGUGUUGGAUCCGACGGUACUCUCAUGGUCUGGGAAAUGGACCUGCAAGAUCCGGCGUGGGGCGCCGCCACUCGCGAGCUAUCUCUUGCCAAGGAUAACUCCGUUGUUUCUCGGCCUACGCUUCGGCGCGUUCUCUCGAAAGCCGAGCUUGCGGAAUUCCAACGAUCCUCUCCCUCGGCGGGUCGACGAUCGCCUCCAAGAAGUCUCACCAAGAAAAGAUCUGCAUACAAUCUAACUUCCACGCCGUCAUCGAAAACGCCUACCGCUACACCCCAAGCAAAUCCCGCGUUAGCAAUUUCUGGAGACACUCCAACCAGGCGGCCGUCAACAGAUUGCCGGUGCUGUAGCCCACCUUCCAGCCCAAAGGCCAGAGUAAAGAGACAACCAUCCCUACCAUCUCUCAACUCUACAAAAACCAAGAGCAAUAGCAAUUUAAGAGGAUUUGGAACCCUUACUAUGGCUACAGAGCAGGCAUGUCGGACGCUCCGAGCCUACCGAAGGAAACUAGCUUCCACAGAUCCCAUCAGCCAGGAUGUCUUGGCUGAAAUAGAUCAGGAACUUCGCCUUACCUCUAUCGCUUUGGGCGAUAGAGCCACGCGAAGUAAGGUCCUAAGCGAAACUAUGCUAAGCGGCCUCCUAGACCAAUAUUCGGAGCGCUUAGUUGCUCUGCUGGACGAAAAGCUUCGAGUUGGCUACAGAGGAUCAUCAGACCAAGAGCCGGAUUCGCCGGUGAUUUUACCGGGAAAACGACCCGGUUCAUCCGGGGGGGAGUCCAGUGCCGGUUCGACAUAGUUACGAUAUUCAUUCUAUAGUGUGUAUUAGUCGUACUUUAGUUUGGAAAGUACGCAGCAUUAGGACUAGGGAUGGAGAAAGAAGGUGGUCUUCAGAGACCUAAGGCGUUAGGUCUUGCUCGCUCAUUUUUUUUUUGAGGAAACGUCCAGGGGAGAGACGUUCCGGGAUGGGUACUAUAAGGAUAUCAGGAGGGCUCUUCUAUCUGCCUAUCCAGCCCAUAAAAUGACUUCCUAACAUGAUACCACUUGGAGAAAACCCACGGGAGUUAUAAGGCACAGCGCCGCGGCUGCGCGCUCGGAAGGGGAUGGAAGGGAAGACUAAUUGUUUAUUAUUGUUACUUGAGACGAAGUUGCUUUGUUUAAAUGCAUCAAUUGAAUUUGCCUACGUAGUAGGUUCGUUUUGUUUACGACAUGACCUUCUGACUCUACCUACUAUUGCAUAAACUCUAAUAAAAGUCAACUUUGGCGAUUGCUACAUACCUGUUAUCAUGACAAGAAAUUAAGAUGGUAUUUCGGCCUGUAUAAUAGAGAAUAGGAUAAACAAUCACGAAUGAAAAGACGGC